AUGUCGACCACCAAACGCUCACACACGCUCUCCGCCGCCGCUCACACAAACAGAAAGAGAGGAGAAGCUUUUAGAAUAGAGACGGCGUCGGUGGAGGAGGUCUGUGAGAAGUCGUGGCAGUUAGAGCACCGAAACGGCGUGGAGGUAGAAAAGAUGACUGGAUAGACAGCGUUAGACGGGAUGGAGAAGCGAGAGAAGCUAUAGGAAUAGAGACAGAGAGUGCUAGAGAGAGCGGCUUAGGGAGGUUAGACCAACAGACGACGAGAGAUAGAGCGUGCAGAGAAGCGCGACGGGCUUUGUACGACGACGACAGCGAGCGACCGGCCCAGCCGUCCGCCGUAGCGAAAUGGAUGGAAAAAGGGGUUGUGCUGAGGAGGCAGCGUCAGACGGCCAGACGCCCGCCGACGUCUCCGUCUCUGACCGCCGCGGACGCAUCGAUUUUGGCUCGAGGCACGCGUCGCGCACGCCCAACCGAAUGCUAUUUUUGCAUACAACUCUGUUUUUUUUUUUCUUCCUCCUUUUUCCUUUUUUUGGCUCGGUUCCAAGGGCCAAUGGGCAGGAGAAUCGGAGAUGAGAAAAGAGGAAACGAAGGAAGAAUGACAAUUACAAAGAAGUUGAAUCAGGAAAAGGCCACGAAGCCGUUCCCAGUGUUAUAUUAAGGGCUGGAAAGACGUUUGCGCUUUCAAGCAUACUCCAUAAAAGGAAAGGUCGAGGGUUCGAGUCCAACGUCGAAGUUUUGCAGUUGUCGACGGUCGAGCAGCGGAUUCUGCAACUGAAAUUAAUGGAAAAUGAACUUUAA